AUGUGGAAUUCACAUUCAGAACUGAGAAAUGCAGCAAUAUUGCAAAAAGCGUCUAGGUCGGCCGGAAAUUCACAAGAAGAAGCCGAAACAAGGGAGGUUUAACUUACCCCACUCUCCCCUACUGCUCUGCCCUUGAGUUCAGACGUGGCGCCGGGUCUGAACUGUCUUUAUACCUCAGAGGUCUGAACACCAAGUUCCAGGAUAUCAUCAUCUACACUACAGACAGACCCUAAUUUCAACCCAAUUUAUCCUGAAGUCUGAGAAAACAUGUGGCGGAAGGCUGCGGGAGCUGCCCUGUUGGCCUUGGCCGUUGGAUACUUCUACCACACUAACCCUGAGCUGCCUGAACAAGUUCUCCAGUACUUGUCCCUGCCUCAUCCAUCCACUCAGGGCGACCCAACCUUGGAGCAGGUUAUCUCCACUGCCUGGGAGACCCUAAUAACGGCCCCCUCCAGUCAGUGGGGCAGAGUGGCAGUAGGGGUGAAUGCAUGUGUGGAUGUUGUGGUGUCGGGGAUAGGGCUGCUACAGGCUUUGGCUGUGGAUCCUGGGUUGGGUCGUGACCAUGAAGUGUUGCACUCUAAAGAGGACCUGAAAGAGGCUUUCAUCCACUACAUGGAGAGGGGGUCCGCGGCGGAGCGUUUCUUCACCGACAAAGAGGUCUUCCAGAGGAUUGCACGGGCCGCUGCAGAGUACCCUGGUGCUCAGCUAUAUGUUGGAGGAAAUGCUGCUCUCAUUGGACAGAAACUUGCCACAUACCCUCAGCUGAUGGUUCUGCUAUGUGGGCCUGUUGGGCCUAAACUACAUGAGAUGCUGGACGAGCAAAUCGUUGUACCCCCCGAAUCCUUGCAGGAGACUGAUGAAUAUCACCUAAUUCUGGAGUACAAAGCAGGGGAGCAGUGGGGUGCGACACGGGCUCCCCAAGCCAACCGCUUCAUCUUCUCCCAUGACGUGUCCAAUGGGGAGAUGAGAGCACUGGAGAUGUUCGUGGCCAGCCUGGAUGAGUUCCAGCCAGACCUGGUGGUCCUGUCCGGUCUGCACAUGAUGGAGGGCCAGGGGAGGCAGAUGUGGGAGCAAAGGCUCAAAGAGGCAGUGGCGGCCAUUUCUGACGUCCGCAAUGCGGUCCCCGUCCACCUGGAGCUAGCAAGCAUGACUGACAAAGACUACAUGAACAGCAUCAUGCAAGAGCAGGUCAUGCCCAUAGUGACAUCCAUCGGGCUGAAUGAGCAGGAGCUACUUUUCCUCUCCCAGGCUGGCACAGGGCCUCACGCUGAGCUGGCCUCCUGGGGGGGCAUACCGGAUGUAGGCCGCGUCAGUGACAUCCUCCUGUGGGUCCUUGAGCAGCAUGGACGCAGUGACCCAGAGUCGGAGGCUGACCUCACGCGUAUCCACUUUCACACUCUGGCGUACCAUGUCCUUGCCACUGUGGACGGGCACUGGGCCAACCAGGUGGCCGCCGUGGCAGCAGGGGCCCGUGUGGCCAGCAUCCAGGCCUGCGGCCUCCAAAGCAUAGAUGCCAGUAAGGUGGUCCUUAGAGCUCCGCUGGAGUUCCACAGCUCCCACGGCGAACCUAGAGAGAAGUUGUCCCUGAACCCAACUGAGCCUGUCACUGUUUGGCACCGUGGCAACGUGACCUUUCACCUUGCACCCGUGCUGGUCUGCAAGCAGCCACUCCGGACAGUAGGGCUUGGGGACGCCAUCUCAGCAGAGGGGCUCGUAUACUCUGAGAUCAGGCCACAGCUACCAUUUUUGUGAGGUCCUUUUUUGUUGCACUCUUGUUCUUUUAUUGUAUGGUGGUGUGCACCAUAUCUCCCCAACCAACCAGUAAUGUCUUUACCUGUACUGUAGCUUUUUCUUGGGUUGAAAUUCUGAUCCUUGGUUAGCUAAGUAUUUUGCACUGGCACAGUUUAAGCCAUUUCUGUAACUCCAAGGAGUUGUGCUGGGUUACCUCUGAUUUAAUUUGCCUUGUGAAAAUUCUAUGUAAAUGUUUGUGUACAAAGACAAUGCCAAAGCUGCUUGUCAGUUUGGUUUGGAGGGGGGGAAAUGGGAAAACAUUCAGCGAUAUGGGCUCCAUAAGUAGCGGUGCGAUUUCAGACAGGGUUUGAGCUUUCAUGCUGCACAAUAGAGGAGCAACCUCCUGUGCACAUAUGCAGAUGCUGAACAGUGCCAAUGAGUGCAGCCUCUUGCAUCACACUCUUUUGGAAGUUUAUUUUCACAUCAUCUCGCUGAGUCUUAGUUCAAUUUCCUUCAAUAAUCUUUUCUUGUUGACCCUGUUCAGAACAAGCUCCCUCAUCCAAGCACUAUAGUUGGGGAAAAUGGGGUAAGUUGAGCCAAAUGGUUAGUUGAGCCACCCCUUGUUUCUAGGAAACUAUACAUUUUGUGUAUCAUGUGACCAAAUAUUUAGGAAGAGGUCAUAAUUUCAUGGAGUCUGGGAAGGAAGAAACCACAUGGAAAAAGUGGUCCAAAGGGUAAAAAAAAAUUUGAUUUUCACUGUCAAAUUCAUUUCUGUUACAGGUUUCAUGUUUGUAUCUAAACCAAAGUAGAUUGUUUUAUACAUCAGUUGCCGUUUCUAUAAGCUGCAAUAUGAGGUCCUAAACCUAGCAUUAAAGUGCAUCCUUGUAGCUACAGUAUUUGGGCUAAUAUAGUCAAUGUUUGCCUCGAGGUCAAUUGAACCAAUCACUACCAUACCCCAUAAAAAUUAUGAUUAUUUGGUUAGUUUUAUGCACAAUAUGCAUAGUAUUUUAGCAAUGUGUCAUGCAUAUGAACUCGAGUAGUGUAUUUUUAUUGUUACAGCGCAGACAUCAUGCCACGUGUGUACAAACUUAAAACAAGCAGGGGUCUAACCCCCCUUUAGCUUCUUGAGAGCAGCCAAGGAAGGGAAGAAGUCCAUUCAAGCAGCAGCAGCAAUGGAUGAAAAAAUGUACUGAAUGACACUGAAGAGGUACUUUAACGUUUAACCGCGAGUAAAAUACAUGUUGGAUUAAAAAAAAAAGACAGUCCUGAUGGAAAACCACAUUUCUUAGUAAACUUUCCAAAUGUCGACAAAACAAAAUAUGUUUUUGUGUCUAUAAAAUGUGUUAUGUGAGAAAUGGUGGUGGAAAAGCUUUUAUGCAUAAAUAUUGAUUUAACUAUAUCAAUAACCACCAGGCAUUAUACACAAGGCUCAUUCCUCUGCACAGGUGUUGCUGCUACCUGGCAGAUCUGGAUAGGUAUUUUAUAUAUCAGCUAUAUACACAUGUUAUAGCAAUCUGUCAGUCAAUGACACCGUUGAUGUGGCAUGCAAACAUUGGUUGAUGCAUGCAAUGUCUGAGCAGGGGAAUGUGACCAAGGUCUUAUCGGACGACAUGGAGUCUGACUUGCUAAACAUAUCAAGAAUCUUGCGGACCAGUUUUAUGGGCUUAGUAGCCUCAAAUACAGAGAACAUGCCUAUGAUUUGGCACAUCAAAACUACUUCUGUGUCCCAGACAACUGCUUAAGAAAUUGAAUAGUAAGUUGUGCCUAGAGACCACUUUUUGUGGACAAGUAUGUUUUCAAAACGUAUACUAUAUUUCCCUUGACAUAGUGAUGCUGAAUGUAAAAAAGUAGUAGAAUCUCACAACUACAUCCCCUCAUUACAAUCAAUACAACACCUGUGCAAACUGGGGCAGGAGCUAGAAGUUAAGACAGUUUUCUGUGGGGAUUUGGUCAUUUUAGUUUUCAUUUGGCCAAAUGAAUACAUUUAAUCCAUCAAUGAAAACAGUGAUGAAGCAAAAACAAAUGUUAUUUUGGGUUGGCGCGAUAACUUAUUACUUAAAUUAAGGGGUAAUAGUUUAGGGCUUCAUUCAGGCUUAGUGUCCCCUUUUUUAAUGGAGCCUUUACAAGUUUCCAUGUCAUGCAGAUGAUAGGACCUGUUGAUAGGACCUGUUCAAUACCCACAAAGUGCAGUAGGAAGGGUUGUGACGGACAUGUCCUAUGACACGCCCAGCAGACAAGGCUGGUAUGGAAGAUUGCUCACCAGACUGGGUUUCCCAAACUCUGCACGUUUUGGUUUUUGCUCCAUCACGACACACCUGUUUCAAAUAACCAACUAAUCAUCAAGCUUUGAUCAUUUGAAUCAGCUGUGUCGUGUUAUGAAAAAAACAAAAAGUGCACCCCUUGGGGUCCCGAAAACCGAGGUUGGGAAACGCUGCAGUAGUAACCCUUUAGCACAUCUGAUGAGACUAUCUAUUCUAGUACUUGGUUGCUGUCCUCUGGCUAGCUGUUUGCCCUGUCACUCUCUGUUUGAAUACUUUGAAUGCCAGUAGCACACACAAGCUGUACUCCUACAGCUGUCAUGACAUCCACCUAAGCCGGAAAUAAUAUUUGGAUCUCUUAUCCGCAAUGGCAGACGUACACAAGCAUUCCAAGCCCAUCUGUAUCCUUGACUCACAACUGGGUCAAGCAGACUAUGAGGGGUGAAGUGUGCCAAUGAAAUACUUCAUAUUAUUGUGAAUUGUCACUUUUUGUUCAGCUAUUUUGAUCAACUUUACAAGUAAACAUGUAAAUUAUACCUGUUACACUGCAACUAAUGAAGCCCCUUGUUAAAACUCCUACAAAGACAGAUUGUUACUGACAGGGUGCUGUUGGACAUUGCACACAGCAGACUGUGAUGAAAGUCUGCAGACCCAGUAUGACGAGAGUACGAUUUAGUACUUUGCUGUUGUCCUCUGGCUAGCUGCUUGCUCUAGCUUCUGCCAGUCGGACUGAAUGAUACAAUGAAUAAUGCAAAGAUGUACUUCUAUGGCUGUGUAGUCUACUCUGCUGCUGUCAGGACAUCCACCUCGCAGCCGGAAAGUACUAUGUUAAUCUCCAGUCCACAAUGGCGGACGUACACAAGCAUUCCAAGCCCAUCCUUGACUCACAAGUGCAGAUUGUGUGGGGUCCAGCCACUAUGUAAAGUCAAGCAAUAGAAUACUACAUAAUAUUAAUAUUCAGAGUUGCUGCUUUCCCCCCCAGCUAAUUUGUAAAGAUUUAGGGCUGUCUUGUUUAUCCUAUGUAGGUCAUGCCACAUGGGCAAUUCAACAUGUUAAUAAUUCCUGGUAACUGAUGGAGCCCAUCAUUUCUACGUCUUGGUAUACGCCAUGUUUAUUGGUUUCACAUCAAUUGUGACCUUGAGUAAUUAAGUAGAGGAAAGAUCCAUUUUAAAAGUAUUUGAAAGCACCAUCCAUGCUCAAACAUCACUUACCUUACUGCUAUAAAGAACUGGAAAGAUUUUUUUGUUGUUUUGAUGCCCAAGGUACAUUUUUGCUUUGUUGCUGCGAAACUGACAAUUGGGAUGGUACAAAACAGAGCAAUCAUAAGCUAUGCAGAACUUAUUUGUCUCGAAUCUCAUUGCUUUCUUAGCCUGGUGGAACCAGACAAAGCUUAUGAUAGCUCACAUUGUUUCACUUAAAUUAAACUUGAGCAUAGUGGUCAGUCUGCUUCAAAUAGAUCCUAUUAAAUUACUAGAGAGCCUAUGUCAUGAACCCUCAAAGUUCCAUAAUGGUAUGAUAAUGGCAGCCAUUUUGGUCAGGGAGAAAUCCAAACCACUCUAGUUGCAGGAAAUCGGAUCAUGUUAAUUGAACGCAGACGUUCCAUUGACCAGAAUGGCGCACAAUCAACAAAUCUGAUCUAACAAUUUGGAGAUUCUUCAAAUCCGUCAUGAUUUAUGUAUUUUAACAGGCCCACAAUGUGCUUACUUGAGUCCGAUUUUGAUACAUUUGGCUGUUUUUGCUGUAUGUAGAGGCUGUCCCUUUUCAGGUUUAGAAGUGACUGCUAAAUGCGAACUGCCGUUCAAUAAACUGGUUAGCAUAGAGAAAUCAUUGUUGGUAGUGGGUCGUUUUUAACUGUAAUGCGGUUGAUCUGUAACGAUGACAUGAACAUGUGUUGGGGUUGGCAUCCAUACAAGCAUUAUAUUCUGAUUUUUACCUCAACAUAUUGUGAAAUACACAUAAACAAUUGCCUAAAUGUAGACUAAUGUUGCUGGGGGUCAAUGGGGAGACUUUGUUCCCCCCCCCCCCAUGCGUUUCCAUGGCAAUUCCAUUGUUUUGGUCGAGUACAUUUGACCUUUAUACCGCAUAUAUUUUGAAUGAAUGGCAGAAGAGGCAUAGGUGAUGCGUUUCCUGCUUGUACCUAUGCAGGAACAUAAAAGGCAUGCGAUAUCAGAAAUUGUGUAAUAGAAUUGUCAACCUAAAAUUACUGUCAUAAUUAUACAGUUUAUACAGGUUUUAUUCCAAUGUUCUGUAUAAAUAACCUCUAAAAUAUGUAAACCGACCAUAAAUGUCCACAUUUUUGUUUUCUUGGAAAGCUGUGAGUGUUAUUAUAUGAGUACUUCAUAUCAUCAACUGAUUUCAGACAGUGUAUGGCUGUGGAUUGACUGCAUUGUUUGUUUGGAAUGUUAAUUAGAAAACAUUUAUGGAAUCAUUCCACUCAAACUGGUUGGCUAGCUAACAAACAUACAGUGCAGAUAAUCUUCAAAUUCAUUGUUUUACACAAUAGCGUAUCCAGUGGUGGCUGGUGGCACUUUAAAUGGGGAGGACCUGCUCAUAGUAAUGGCUUGAAUGGAAUGGUAUCAAUCACCAACCAUCCUCCCCUCAACAGCUUCCCCUGCUCUUAUCACAGCACUGGCUGAACAUGGUUGACCAACUCCCUUACCAAAAUGGCUGAUCUUUUAUACUGUCAUGAGAAGGUUCAUGUCCAUUCUAGCAUUCUAAUUCCUAAUUCUAUCAUCUGCUUGACCAAGCUAGUGCUUUAUUGUAUGAUCAUGGGAAUGUGCCAGUCUUCUUUGACAGCUUUGUGUUGAAAUAGUGACUGUAAAUAUGUAUUUAGUAAGAAAUUGAGUAUUCCUUUUCAUUGCAGUGAAAAUGUUAGGUACAAUGGUUUGGUAAUACAGUUCGAGAGUUGCUAGGGUUUUCAGGGCAUUCUUCUGAGGCUGGUGAGACAUAUGCCUACUUCCUUCGCUGAUUUCAUCUGUUGUUUUUGUUCGAUAAAUUCACAUCCUACCGUUUCGUUGACACAUCAUUGAGGAUGUUGCCCCUUGGAUGGAGCUAUGAUCAAAUUUGGGUGUAGCUGCCAUCAACCACACCUUUAUAUGCAUAAGUAGGUUUCACAAAUUUUUGUCAGCAAUAUGACAUCAUACAUAUCGUGGUUACUUCCUGCUUACAGAUACUACCACCAACAACAAUAUUCAAGGUGCAGUGGCUAGAUGUAGAUGCGAGCAUAGGUUAUUUACUACUAAUUUUCCAAAGAUAAUUUAGUAUUUACCAGGUAUCAUUAAAGAAGCAUUCUGCCUUGUUCGUGUCUAGUUUAGUCAUUUGUAGCUCUACUGAGUUUUCAGCACUUUAAAAUGAGACUAUUUGAUGUAAUUUCAUAUUAACACUCAUGUCUUACUGUCAAGGAUAGCAACAGUCAUGCUAGCUCAUUAGGUGGAAACACUGCAACUUAACAACUAGACCUCCUUUUGAAGGUUACUUCAACUGGCACUGGGAUACCUUCAAACUAGUUUUCUAAUUUCUAAGUGUCCUAGAGCAAAACAACCAACACUUCGUGAGAGUCUCACCUUUCCAUAGAGUAGUCAUAUUAGUUUAUAGGUCAAACUGUUCGGACACUACAGAUGUUUGUGAGAACCGAUUUUUGGUAUGUUUCAUGGUCUGACAAACGCUGCUGUAGCUCGGCAGAUGUGGAAGGCUGUCAUUGGCGUAUGCGGUGGAUUGAGACACAGCCCAUGCAACAACAACAAAAACAUCUCUAGUUUAAAACACCGAUUUUGAUGGGUAUGUUUUUAUUAUGUAGAUUAGAUUUCCGCGGGGGCGCGGACAUCGACUCUAUGGGGUUAAAAUGUCUAUGGAAAUAUAGAUGGAAGUAGUUUAGUGCCAAAAAAGGGGUUAAAUAUGGGAAUGUAAAAAAAUUAUUAUAAUUUCAGAUAUAGGACAGACACUUUAAAACAAAGUUCCUUUUGAGUCUGAAUCUGUUAUUCAAUGCGUUGCUACGGGCAGUAGGUAAGCAGUAAGUUUCCCCCAAAAAAUACAUUUGCUUUAAUAUAUUGAUACCUAAAUGGGUCCUAAAAUUCUAUAUCAGCUAACUAAAUGAUCCUUGGUAUGACCAUCUUAAACCCCCCCCCCCCCCCAGCCCUAUAAUUUGUAAAUAUUUCACAAAUAAAUCAGACACCAUUCUCUUAAAAUAUAGUAUUGGUUUGAAGAUCAAAUACAGCUUCAGUUGACUGAGCCCUUGAUAAUGGGGCAGUUAUACACAAAAUACUCCAUGUAUAUACAUUGUUUGUCGAUUAGCAGAGUAUGGAAAUCCAUUUUUCCAGUACAAGUAGCUGUGUAAUAUGUGGGGAAAUAAUCUGUGAAUUUUAGAGAUCAAAUGUUUUUUUGUGUAUCAGUGAUAUGCUUAGAAUUUUAGUGAGAAAAUCAGGAAUUUGUCUUAAACUUUGUCUACAACCGUACGGUUGACUCCAUAAUGUUAAUCAUGGGCACAAUCUGUUGUAUGGAAAUAUACUGUACUCUCACCACAAUCACGUGGACCUUGAACAUAUGAGUACAAUAAUUUUUAUUAAAAAUCUAUUCUAAAAUAUAAAAUAAUUAUUACUCAAGAAUUGUUCAGACUUUUGUGAAUUAGUGUCCAUUAUGCAAAGUCUUAUUGGAUUCCCUUUUCUUUUGUCAUCUGAUGUUAAGACUGGAACUCAACUGACAUCUUAAGUUUGGAAAUGUUUUUAUAUUAAUAAAGUCUCCUAUUUUCAUGUCAA